GUUGAUGUCGAUCGGAUCCUUCUGUCAUUCAGUUUCAGGCUAAGUAGUCUUAUUUUUUGGAAUCUUUAUCUUUCAUCGGCGCUCCUGAUUGUACAUCAGUUUCAAGUUGUUGUAGAAUAUGACUAGAAACCUUAUCACGAUGUGUAAUUUGUUGGCGUUCAAAAUCUUGACGGCCGUAUCUCUGGCAAACACAAUUAAAGUCACUGCCAGUGUAGUCGAGCCUGAGAAGCACAAGCAGCAACAACGUUCUACCGCGGGAAGUUGUACUUCCUUUGCCGAUGACCAACCCCGGAUUGAUGCUUCCGGUAAUACCAAUGCAGCACCAGAUGAAGAUUUUGAUUUGUUGCUUGCCUGCGAACCAGGCAACACGGCGGACGUGACCGCGCUUUCUACUACACAGCAAGAAGCACACGCUAACGGCGGCUAUUUUUCUAACUUUUCUAAGUACCUGCGUGCACACGAAGAAUUAGAAUCCUGCGAACUAGGAGUUAAACCCUGCUCUACUACUGAGAUCCCUCGCCCUCCAGCGUUUGAGUUUGACCUGGCCAGCAGCUUGCAAGACGAAGGCAAUCCUUUCCAGCAUUACCUUCUCCAGGGAUUUCUCCGCACACGGCGGGAGUUCGCGAAACUUACGCGGGUCUCGAAAAAAACCAGGGCAGCCUUGCAGCUAGCGGAAAGCAGCCUGCGGAAAAACGGACAGAAAGUCUACGAGCCUUUCCGUUCUGUGCCGGAACUCGAGGAAGUGAUGCAACUGUGGUGGACUGAUGAAUACAGGAAUGAGAGACGUGGUCUAGACAAUGAUGAUGAUGAUGAUGAUGAAGAUAAUCUCAACACCAAGGAGCAAUAUUACGAGGAUCUUCGGUACGCCGCCGAGGCAAAAUACGGGCCGGUGGAGCAGUGGGACGUUGGCCAGCUUGACCGGCUUCCGGAGUUUUGUUUUUUGGAGAAGGAAGCUUGCGCUAAAUUGUUUUUUGGAGAAGGGGGUGAAAGCCGAAGCGUCGCGGUGGAUUGA